AUGAAUGGAUUGAUGUAUCUUCACAUGAAUAACAGUGAAUUUUCUGAGAUUUUUCCAUGGGAUUCACUGAACAACAUGACAGGUCUCGCUGUGUUGAGCCUAGGAGGAGACAACCCGUUUGAUCGAACUCCAUUUCCGAAGGAAGUGCUCAAGCUUACCCAGUUGAAUUGGUUGUAUCUUUCAAAUUGCAGUAUCGAAGGGCAAAUUCCAAAGGAAAUUGGGAAUUUAAGCGAGUUUAUCAAUUUGGAGCUGUCGCUGAACUCUAUCUACGGCGAAAUUCCGGUAGAGAUUACAAAGCUUUCUAAUCUAUGGCAGCUUGAGCUCUUUCAAAACGGAUUGAACGGAACACUUCCGGUUGGGUUUGGGAAUCUUACUAGCCUCAAAAUGUUUGAUGCUUCGAAUAAUUAUCUUACCGGCGACCUUUCGGAGGUGAGGUUGUUGAAUCAAUUGGGAGUCGUCGAGAUAUCGCCGGUGAUUGCCUACCUCUCCGGCAUCAUCCUUGUAGUCGGUCACCAAAAUGGAAGAAGGGCUGUUGACAGACCCAUGGGAGGAGAUGAGUUAUUGGGAGAGAGAGUCGACGGGUUGAGAGAAAAAAAAAUGAAAUAG